AUGCAGGCGAAGGCGCAGGAAGAGCAGAAGGGCGAGGAGCUGAGUCAGUUCCUGGAAAUUCUGGAGGAGGAGUUCGCCCUGUGUGGGGACGGGGGGGAAAAGAGGGAAGAAAGUUGCCCCCAGUUUGGAAAUAUCGAAGAGGCGGAGUUAGCAAACCAUCGGGCGUACUACCUCCAGCUGAAGGAGGAAAAGAACGUCCAAGUGGAAGAAACAAAAUACGUCACGUCGUUACACAUAAGUAAGAAGUACAACCUAGAACAUAGUAAAGUCCUUGGAAUGGCAAAAAAGUUGGAGACCCUAUACUACGUUGUAAAUCACGUUAGAAGUUUUAACACGUACCAGUUGACGGAGGAAGGGAGGGAGUACCUUCGAGACGGGUCACCAGAAUACGUAACGUUGAAAUAUGUAGUGGAACAGCAAACAUGCACCCUGGAGGAGCUGAAGAAGCUUUUUGGGAAAAAGGGAGAAAUUGGGUUGAACAUUAAUUUGAAAGGGAAAAAGAUUGAACUUCGAAAAAGCGACAAAAGGUUAUGUGCCAAUUUGGGAGGUAGUGCCAACAGUCUGGUGGAUGACACGAGACAAUACCUGUCCGUGGUAGAAACGCACGGACAGGACGAAGGUACGUUUAUUUCCCACGUGAAGGGGAUCCUUCCCCCCGGUAAGGGAGACGAACAGGUGAACAACCUGAUAAAAGAGCUGAAGAAGAGAAAACUGGUGGAGGUGAAGAAAGUGUCCUACAUCUACAUCGUGCGAACUAGCCAUUUUACAAAAGAAAUAAAAAAACAGAUCACCGACUUAACAUAUCUACUGAUAAAGAAUGAGGAAUACAAAAAGUACGACAUAAAAAAGUACAACUUCUUUUCCAGUGGGAAGAAAAUGAAUAAAGGAAACAUCCAUUUGUUGAUUAGACAGAUGAGGACCUUCAAAGAGGUUUUUGUUUCCCUCGGGUUCGAAGAAAUGGAUACACACAAUUAUGUAGAAUCUUCCUUCUGGUGCUUUGAUGCGUUAUACAUUCCGCAGCAACACCCCAGUAGGGAUCUACAAGACACGUUUUUUAUUGAAACGCCUGAAUUGUGCAGCGAUAAUUUUACCGAAAAAAGUUACAUCGAUAACGUUAAGCGUGUUCACUCCGUGGGGGACUACGGUAGCUUCGGUUGGAAUUACCAGUGGGAAUUGAAGAGCACCAAAAAGAACGUCCUCAGAACACACACCACUGCGAAUUCUUGUAGGGCUUUAUUCCAGCUAGCUAAGGAGUAUAGAAAAACGGGUUCUAUAAUUCCCAAAAAAUAUUUUAGCAUAGAUAGGGUAUUCAGAAAUGAGAAUUUAGACAGUACCCAUCUGGCUGAAUUUCACCAAGUGGAAGGACUCAUCAUCGACAAGAACUUGGGACUGUCCCAUUUGAUUGGAACGUUGGCUGCCUUUUACAAGCACAUUGGUAUUUGUAAGCUACGCUUCAAACCGACCUUCAAUCCGUAUACGGAGCCCUCCAUGGAGGUGUAUGGUUACCAUGAGGAGAAUAAGAAAUGGAUGGAAGUGGGAAAUAGCGGAAUUUUCCGACCCGAGAUGCUACGCGCCAUGGGCUUCCCCCCUGAGGUGUCCGUCAUUGCCUGGGGUCUCAGCCUGGAACGACCCACCAUGAUCAAAUACAACAUCCGUAAUAUUAGGGACCUCUUCGGCUACCGCAGCGUGCUAUGA